AUGGUUGAGAUUAAAUACUUUAUAUUGUUGAUAUUCGAUGACCCGAUUGUGAGCCAGGUAUUCGGUGAAGUCGGGUUUCGGAGCACUGAUAUUAUGCUCGACGUGCUUCACCCUCCUGUGACGCGGUUUCCGCGCACUCGUUGUCCCCCUCUGUUUCUAUGUAACGUUUCCGAAUCUGGUUCUGGUCGGGCUAGGUUCAUGUUUGGGGGAGAUUUCGACCAGAACUGUCAGAGAAUAGGUGAAGUGUUGGGUCGGAAAAACAAGAAGAAUCCUCUUCUUGUCAGGACUUGCGGUGGUAAAGCAUUCAAAACGUUUAGUGAUUCGAUCAACAGAGGGAAGUUGGCUUUUUUACCUCUGGAGAUUAGUGGGUUAAGUGUAGUUAGUGUAGAGAAAGAGAUUAGUGAGAUGAAAGUUGAUGAGUUAGGGAGAAUCGUGGAGCAAAGCUGCUCGAGUUCGAAACCGGGGAUGGUGGUUUUGAAUCUAAGAGAGGUCAAGGUCUUGAUCGGUGAUGCUCUUGUGUCGAGGCUCUCGGAGAUUUUGAAGAUUCACCAUGAGAGGCUCUGGUCCAUCAGGAGUGUUUCGAGCAAUGAGCUGUAUUUGAAACUGGUGAAGAGGUUUCCGACGAUUGACAAGGACUGGAAUCUUCAUCUUCUUCCUAUUACAUCUUCGAAUCAAGGAGAUUAUCCUAAGUCAAGUUUGAUGGGAUCAUUUGUCCCAUUUGGAGGGUUCUUCUCAUCAACAUCAGAUUUCAGAGUACCGUUUAGUAACUCAAUGAACCAGUCUCGUCUUCCUCGGUGUCAUCUCUGUAACGAAAAGUGUGAGCAAGAAGUCACAGCCUUAGGUAAGUCCAGUUCGAUGACCACCGAUGAUCAGUCUUCAGAGAAGUUACCCUCUUGUUUACGUAUUGUAGAAUCUGAACAAGAGAAAGGGGUUCUCAGACAGGCUAAAGAUGAUCCAAACACAUUAGCUUCUGUACAAAAGAAAUGGGACGACAUUUGUCAACGAAUCCACCAAACUCCGGCGUUUCCUAAGCUAAGCUUUCAGCCUGUGAGACCACAGUUUCCACUUCAGCUUGUUUCUUCUAGCAACACCAAUUUGAGUCCCCUUCAACCCGUCGUGCCCCUUGGGACAUUCCCAAACGUUCAGUCCAACCGCCACCUUUGGAACGAUCCGGAUUGGCCGCAUAACCAACCCGUAGUCUAG